AUGGCUACUAAUACAAGCAUUAUUUUUACAACAACCACUACUACUGCUACUACAACUACUAUUACUGCUACUACUAAUUUACUACCACUACUACUACUUUUACUAAGACACAAACAUCGCCACACGCACACAGGCUUACUGGUUGUGAACGUUACAUGGAGGGGAAAGACCUACGUAGGGACGUUGAUGGAUGCCACACGGCACCAUUGGGCACCUCCGAGGUUUCUCUUUUUCCAUUUUUUCCCAGUUUUUCGUUGUUUUAGUUUUUUAACUUUUUCAUUUUUUACGAGUUUUUAUUAA